UACAGAAACCUGUUUUAGGAAUUGGAUUAAUAUUUCUUCCCUGCCCCUCCCCCUUUUUUUUUUCUUCCUUUCAGAUUUGUCACUAUGAACCUCUUGCUGUCAUUUGAGUCCAUCUGCGUUUUUCUGCUUCCCCAGGUUUUGCUGGUGUUGGGUAUACAAGAAAUUCAUGCUGACCAGGAGAUGAUUGUCAAGAUCUCAGCUGCUAGCCGGUUGAUGCAGUGCUCAGCUUCGAUAGAUAUCCUUUUCCUCUUGGAUGGCUCCUACAGCAUUGGCAAAGGAAGCUUUGAAAGGUCUAAGCACUUUGCAGGCAAACUCUGUGAUGCCUUGGACAUCAGUCCAGACAGGGUCCGCGUGGGAAUGUUACAGUUUAGCUCAACUCCUCACCUUGAAUUCCCACUGGAUUCGUAUCUAACUAAACAAGAAGUGAAAGAGAGAAUUAAGAAGACUGUAUUCAGAGGUGGGAGCACAGACACAGGUUUGGCUCUGAAAUACAUUCUCCGCAAGGGAUUCCCUGGUGGCAGAAACUCGACUGUCCCUGAAAUCCUCAUCAUCCUUUCAGAUGGGAAGUCCCAUGGCAACACUGAAAUACCUGCAACACAGGUGAAGAAGAGGGGGACCACAGUUUUCGCAGUGGGAAUCAAGUUUCCAAGGUGGGAGGAGCUGCAUGCACUGGCUAGCAAGCCCACUGAGCAGCACGUGCUUUUCGCUGGAGAUGCUGCUGAUGCUGCCAACGGCUUUUACAGCACCCUCACUGCCUCUACUGUCUGCAACGCCCCGUCUCCAGGCUGCAAAAUUGAAUCCCAUCCUUGUGAACGCAAGACCCUCGAGACUGUGAAAGAGCUGGCUGGAAACUACGUAUGUUGGAAAGGUUCAAAGCAGCAAAAGGCAGUGCAUGCUUCACUGUGCCCGUUUUACAGAUGGAAGAGAGUCUUGAUAAAACACCCAUCCAGAUGCUUCCGAACAGUAUGUCCAGACCCUUGUGACUCCCAGCCAUGUCAGAACGGGGGUACCUGUGUCCCAGAGGGACUAGACAAAUACCACUGCCUGUGCCCAGUGGGGUACGGAGGAGACUUCCACUGCGCACCAAAGCUGAGCCUUGAGUGCAGUGUGGAUCUUCUUUUCCUGAUGGACAGCUCGGCGGGGAUCAUGCUGGAGGGAUUCCUGCGUUUCAAGGCGUUCCUAAAGAGGUUCCUCCAAGCCGUGAUGGGCUGGGACUCACCAAUGAAUGUGGGAGUGGCCCUGUACGAUACUGACGUCAGGAUACCCAUUGAAGUGGGGCAACACAAGGAUAUGGUCGGUCUCAUGAGGAGUAUUGAGGCUUUGAAUUUCAGUGGAGGAGAAACUCUGACAGGCAGAGCCCUGCGGUACGUUGCACAGCAUGGCUUUAGGAGCACCCCGGUCUUUGCAGAUGUGCAGGAUGAUCUCCCACGGGUGGUUGUCUUGCUCACUGACUCCAAGUCUCAAGAUCCAGUGGCAGAAGCAGCUAAGUAUGCAAGGGACCAAGGUCUCUUCCUGAUCAGCAUAGGCAGCAGCUUCCUGAGAGCAGAGCUGGUUGAGGUGACUGGCAAUCCAAAGCAGACAAUCAUCUACUCCAACCCCCAGGAUCUGUUCAACAAGAUCCCAGAGCUGCAGAAAAGCAUCUGCAGCAUAGACAAUCCUGAAGGCUGCCAGGCUCAGUCCCUCGAUUUGGUGUUUGCAGUGGAUGCUUCCGCUGGGGUUGGCCUGGAGAAUUUCCUGCAGCUGAGAGACUUUGUCAGGAGCAGCUCUUUCCACUUCAGCAUCAACCGGGAUGUCACCCAAAUUGGCCUUGUGGUUUAUGGCAGCAAAGCUCACACAGCGUUCGCGCUGGACACCCACACUAGCAAUUCAGCUCUUCUCCGAGCCAUUGACCAGCUGCCCUUCCUUGGAGGCUCAACCUCUCCUGGCAGUGCCUUGCUGCAUAUUUAUGGUGAUGUGAUGACUGUGCAGAAAGGAGCAAGGCCUGGUGUCCACAAGGCGGUGGUGAUGCUCACGAAAGGAGGUGGCAUGGAGGACGCAGCUUCCCCAGCUCGGCAGCUGAGGAACAAUGGCAUCUUGGUGUUUGUGGUUGUCAUUGGAGAUGCACAGAGGGACAUGCUGCUGAGGGUUGCUGGGUCUCCCAACUACCUAGUCCACAUCUCCUCCUACGAAGACCUGCAGCAUUAUGAAGACCUUAUCAUUGAAAGAAUCUGCGAAGAAGCUAAAAGCCCCGUGAACCUGUGCAAACCCAACCCAUGCAUGAACCAGGGCGUAUGCAUCCUCGGGCCUGGGAGCUACCGGUGCGAAUGCCACGGCUGGGAAGGACCCCACUGUGAAAGCAGAAUUGUCAGGGGUGAUUCUCCGAGAUCCCUUGUCCUUCCUGCGAACUCCCAUGUGCAGCAGAGUCUGAGUGGUUUGCAGCGCUUCUCCAGAGCUCCCCGCCACACCGAAAAGCAUGUGGAUUGGAAACACUGACACAGAUGCACUGAAUGCUCCAGUUCUCCUACUAGGAAUGCUUGCUUGUUUAUGGCCACUUGCAGGCAUGAUCUGACAAGCUACCAGUGUCCUCUGCAGUGGCCAAUUUACCCCAGUACAGAGACUGCCGUUUCCAGUUCCUGCACCACACAAGCUGAGCU